AAUUGGCGGUCACAUUGUGUGCGAAUUUAUUUGUUCGAUCGGCGUGCGCGUUUUGUUGAAUUCAUUCUUUUGUGUUUUCGACAAAUUCAUACAUAAAAAUGGCGUUCCAACUGCCUACAACAACCGCAGCUAGUACAACUGGCUUCUCAUUUGGCUUGAACACAGCGCCAGCAGCUGCAAAUCCUGUCGGCGCAGCUGCCGCGAAACCAACGUUUUCGUUUGCCGCGCCGGCAACAACUAAUCCAGUAAAUUUGGGAGGUGGAGAUGCGGACGCUACUAAAGCGGCGCCACCACCAUUCGGUGGCUUUGGACUGGCUGCCACAACAGCGGCACCAGUUACAUCUAACCCACUGACAGGACUUGGAGCUAGCCUCGGCGCUACUGCUGCUCCUGCAGCAGCUGCACCCGUUGCAGCAGCUGCACCAACCUUUGGCGGAUUCAUGGCGCAGCCGGCCGCAGUCGCAGCCACAACCACAACAGCUGCUGCGGCCGCAACAAGUGCUCCACUCGGCGGAGGCUUGACCCUUGGCCUGACCACAGCUCCCAAGAGCACCACAGCCAUAGCGCCCGUCGCCGCAGCAGUAGCGCCUCUCGUUAGUGCUGCACCAGCAACCCUGGGAGGAAGUGGCGCUUUCGCUAACCUGUCGACAGCCACUAAAACCACAGAUUCCGCCGUAGUUGCGAAUGCUCCGCAACUGUCUUACAAUCAGCUGGAGGAACACAUCAAUAAGUGGACACUGGAGUUUGAGGAGCAAGAGAAAGUUUUUACCGAACAGGCGACUCAGAUCAAUGCUUGGGAUAAACUCUUAAUUGGCAAUAAUCAAAAGAUCAUCGAGUUGAAUGACGCUGUACAAAAGGUGAAGAACGAUCAACAGGUGUUGGACCAGGAGCUGGAAUUCAUUGCCACCCAGCACAAAGAACUCGAAGAGAGUCUUGCACCGCUGGAGAAGGAAUUCGUGAACUUGCCACGCGUGGAUCAGGAGCGCAGUCAGACUUAUUUGAUGGUAGAGAACUUGGAUACACAGUUGAAACAAAUGUCCGAAGACCUAAAGGAGAUCAUCGACAAUCUGAACGAGGCCAAUAAGGGACAGGACAAUACAGAUCCCAUUAUACAGAUUGGCAAGAUUCUCAAUGCGCAUAUGAAUUCGCUGCAAUGGAUCGAAUCGCAGUCGACACACAUUUGCACAAAGCUCGACGACAUUGGCAAGAUUCACGAAUCCCAGAAACGUGACAUCUUUCGUGCUCCGUAUUAAGUAAUAAUGUAUUUUCGUUGAAUAAAAACACGUUUAUAUUAAAACUGAA